AUGGCCAUUUCAUUUGACAAGCUCGCCAAACUUUCAUUGAAUGACGCCUUGAAGAAUGCCCAGAUUCGAACAAAUACUGUUGCUGGUGGUGUGGCGGGAGGCUCUGGUACGGAUUCGUUGGUUUUAUCCUGUACAUCUGACUCGGACCUUGAGGCACCAGCACAGAAUAUGAGGCUGUUGACGGAGACUUACAAAUAUCACAGGGUAGCAAAGUCUCCGUCCGGGUUCGAGGAUGCUAUUGCCAUAGCAAUUGGGGACUUGUUCAACUGGCUCAAGACGGGAGUUGAAAAGGUAGUGGACUUCGUCAAGAACGCAGCUACUGGACUAUGGGACUUCAUCGUCAAGAUUGGCAAUGACAUUUAUCGUGCAGUUCUCGAUACUGUCGAUGUUGUCGUUGGGGCUGUCGAAGGGGUUUUUGACAAAAUCAAGACGGGAGUCAGCAAGGUUCUCCGAUAUCUUGAGUUCUUGUUUGACUGGGACGAUAUCCGUCGCACCAAACAGGUGGCACACAACAUGGUCAAAUAUUGCCUGGUUGACAUGGUAUGUGGCAUCCAGACUGCCAAAGGAGAGUUAGACCAGUGUAUAGGCGAGGCCCAGAAAGCAGUCGCUGAAUGGUCCGGUAUCAAAGACUGGCCAGGGCUCGGUGAUGCAGCUUCGAAACCGCCAUCGGGAACUGCAGUCGAUACUACCAAAAGUGAGACUGCUGGUUCUCAAAUGAUGGUGGGCCACUUGAAGAACCAAGCCGACAAUAUCACGAUACAAGGUCCAAUGCCAGAACCGAGUCUGAUGCAGGGUUUAGCGGACGACAUGAUCACAGCGCUGGAGGCAGAAGGGACUGUCGUUGAAAUGCUCGACACCAAAAUCCACAUACCCAUCAUAUCAGAUAUACUUAAUCUGAUCGGAGUCCCCGAUGUUUCCUUUCUUGAUCUAUUUCUUUGGAUCGGUGCAGCAGACAACGCUACGACCCGUGCAUUAAUCAGUGCGACAGAUUGGGCUUCAUUCUCAGCCGCCGUCAAGCAACCUCCCCUGCUAUCAUCUGAUGAGAAGCACGACGGCACUUCUCACUUGAGUGUAUCGCGUGAGAUAGGGCGUAUCAUCUAUAUUGUGGGCCACGGCCUUGCUGGUUAUAUUAUCAUGGCAAGAACCUAUAUCUUCUACCCCGAAGCUAUAGCGGGUGCUGUUACUCUCGUUGCCACAGACUUCCUCUUUGCAACGAUUCCCCUUGAGAAUCCACUUAUCUCUACCCUUCGGAAGGUCACCGGUCUUGUCACUGUUCUUUUCAAGUGUGUAUUCUCUAACCCGGCUCAGAAGCUCUUUGACAAGUACCAAUUUCUGAAUGUCCUUACGGCUGCCGACCCUAGAAAGAUCAGGGCCAUCUUUGACAUGGUCGUUGAGGCACCGGCCUUUUUCUGUGUAUUCUACCACGUCCAGGAGCUUAGCGAGAAGCCUACAAGUAGGGAUAGGGCAUUGGCCAUUAUCGAGGAGACAUCUCGUAUGAUGGCGAUCUUUGCGCGGGUGUAG